AUGGGUUCCUAUUUGAGUUGUCCCGCGGUUGCUGCUCUCGCCCACUCGCCUUUCGCCGACAUCAUCGACUCCUGCGACUCUCUCGACUCGCCCUCGUCGUUCUCCUCCAUCACGAUGGCUUUUUCCGGCUGCUCCUUUGUCUCGACGGGGGGACUCUUCCGAAGGCAUCUGCCCUUGGUCUCGCUCAAAUCGCACACCAGCGUCGUCUCGUCGACCUCGCGCACCACCCUGACACAGACCUUCAUCAACCCCCAAGAAACCGAACCCAUCGCCGAGCUACGCUACUCCUUCCCGCUUUAUGACGGCGUCUCGGUCGUCGCCUUCGUCUGCACCAUCAACAACGACCGCGUCAUACGCGGCCGUGUCAAGGAAAAGGAGGCUGCUCGCCGCGACUACAAGGACGCCGUCGACCGUGGGGAGACGGCUGGCCUGCUCGAGCAGCUGCCCGACGCCUCCGAUGUCUUCACCACCACCAUCGGCAACGUGCCCGCCGGCGCCGAGAUCCGUGUCGAGAUCACGUACCUGGGCGAGCUUAAACACGAUGCCGAGGCCGACGGCAUGCGCUUCACCAUCCCCACCACCAUCGCCCCGCGCUACGGCUCCAUGUCGCAUGACACCCAGCCACUGCCCUUUUCAGCUGGGUGGUCACGGGCUGGCGGCAUUGAUAUUACCGUCGACGUCGAGAUCCCUGCUGUUGGCAGCAACCACAUCAAGACGAUCAAGUCACCCUCGCAUCCCAUCAGCGUCGAGAUGAAAGCAUUCGGCGCCACAGGCAUGUCGGCUGCCACGGCAGAGCUGUCAAUCGGCGCGCUCGAGCUGGACAAGGAUUUCGUGGUGAUAGUUGUGCUGGCGAAGCCCGAUGCCCCAGUCGUUGUCCUCGAGCAGCACCCCUCGAUAGCCCACCAGCGCGCCCUGAUGGCAACCUUUGUGCCGCGCUUCAACCUGCCCCAGAUACGACCCGAGAUCGUGUUUGUGUGCGAUCGCAGCGGCAGUAUGGGCAUGGGCAAACGCAUACCCAAUCUCAUCGCAGCCCUCCACGUAUUUCUGAGGUCCUUGCCAGUCGGACCAAAGUUCAACAUCGUGUCGUUUGGCAGCAGCCACAGCUUCUUAUUCGAGCGCUCACGCUCCUACAGCCAGUCGUCGCUCGACGAGGCCAGCCGCCACGUCGACACCUUCGACUCGGGCUAUGGCGGCACCGAACUGCUCGCCCCCAUCGACGACGUCUUCAAGCGCCGCUAUGCGGACAUGGAGCUCGAGAUCUUCGUGCUGACCGAUGGCGAGGUUUGGAACCAGAGCAAGCUCUUUGACAUGGUCAACAGCAACAUUGCCAAGUGCCAGGGCGCUGCUCGACUGUUCACGCUCGGUAUUGGAAAUGAUGUCAGCACCGCCCUGGUCGAGGGGCUUGCCCGUGCUGGCCGGGGCUUUGCACAGAUUGUGGGCGACGAGGAGAAGCUCAACUCCAAGGUGGUCCGCAUGCUCAAGGCUUCGCUGUCGACGCACAUCAACGACUACAGUCUGGAGAUUCAGUACGCGGCCAAGCCCAAGGCCGACACGCAGCCCAAGCCCCUGGAUGAUUUCGAAAUGGUGGAGGAGUCCGACGGCGAGGGGGUGUUGAUCGAGAAGGUGCUCGACGCGCUGACGCUCGACGUGGAAAAGGAGCAGGCUGACGCCCCGACCCCAGACGCGGCCGCAGACAAAAAGCCCAUCUCGCUGUUUGACUCUUCCGCCGAUCCUGAUGCAGACCCCGACGCAGACGGUGCCCCACAGGGCGUUGGCGAAGCCAAGUACGCACACGUGCCGGCAGUGCCCAUCCCCAAGCUGCUGCAGGCGCCGUUCGAAAUCCCGCCCAUGUACAACUUUAGCCGCACAUCCAUCUACGUGCUGCUGGGCCCCUCGUCGUGCCAGCGCACGCCCAAGGCGUUCGUCCUCCGCGGCACCACGGCUUCGCACGAGCCGGUCGAGCUGUCGAUGCCGGUGCAGGUGCUCGCCCAGCCCGGCGAGACGGUGCAUCAGCUGGCGGCCAAGAAGGCGGUGCAGGACCUUGAGGAGGGCCGCGGCUGGCUGGCGCAGGCCAAGGACGCGGCCGACAGCAGGCUUCUCAAGGAGAAGCACGAGGGCCGGUUCCCCGACAUGGUGGAGCGCGAGGCGGUGCGGCUGGGCGUCGGGUUCCAGGUCGGCGGCAAGUGGUGCUCGUUCGUGGCCGUCGACGACAGUACGAGCGAGGCCGAGGCACCCGUGCCGGGCCAGGCAAUGAUAGCGGAGCAGCUUGUCAGUGUUAAGCACGCCAAGAAGGCUUCCCCGCCCCGGCGUAGGGUGGCAAGGCAAUCGGUAGCCCAGACAGGAUUCAGUACUGCGCUCCACAGCAGAGUUGCCGAGUCCAACCAGCUCAUCGACAGAAUUGGCAACAAGUCCGACAGGGCCGACACGGGCUUGCGCACCAACCGUCGCAAGCUUGAUACCAUUCCUAGAGACGAGAGCAACAGGGGUGGUUUAUUUGGAUCGGCUUCGAGUUCUGGGUUUGGUCAGACCUCUUCGUUCGGCCAGCCUUCUACUGCCUCGGCCCCUUUUGGCUCAGGCUCCCCUCGUGGUGCCAACCUAUUUGGUUCGUCCUCUCCUGCUCCCGCCCCUACUGCUCCUCCCGCUCUUGCACUCUUUGGUGGUCAAGUUCCUGCUUCUCCUUCGUUUGGCCAGACUUGUUCGUUUGGCCAGGGCAAGUCUUCUCUGUUCGGCCAGGCUUCUCCUGCUCCCACCCCUGGCGGCGGCAGCCUGUUUGGUGCGCCGUCUCCUGCCCCUCUUGAUCCCGCUGCUUGCUAUGAGGAUUUCUCGAUAGCGGCUGCCUGCCCGCCGCCGCCGGCUCCCGCCGGCUCCUUUGGCGCCCCAGCACCCCCUCCCCCUCCAGGAGCUCCUCUCGGGUUCGAAGGCGGCUCACAGCCCAGUGGCGACGUCUCGACUGACCCGCUGCCCACAAUUGUCAAGCAGCAAGAAUUUGAAGGUUCCUGGAGCUGGACGCCAACGCUGCGCACGGCUAUGGGCCUGACCGAAGAGGCUGUGCUCAACGGGCUCCCCUCAGAUGUGGCCGCCGGCAAGGUUGGCGCUACGGUAUGCGUCGUCGCAUUCCUCCGCAAGAAGCUGGCCGGUAGUGCCGACGAGUGGGAGAUGCUUGCAGAAAAGGCUGUGGCCUGGCUCGAGGACCAGGGCAUUGCGGUCGAGCCGCUCCUGGCCAAGGCGGAAUUGCUGUUUUGA